AUGCACAAGGAGCCGGUGGCACAGGAUGAGAACAUGUAAUCCCCGGGAAGGGCAGGGGAACCGCAGGGAAGGACAGACUGAGCCCCAGCGAGCACGACAUGAACCACAUCAACCGCAGCCGGCCCAAGACAGGUUCCUGGGAUUCUAACGGGUUUGGCCCAGAAAUCGAGACGCUGGCCGGACGCACAGAGGAGAGCGUGCCCCUCAGCCCCUCCAACUCCCUUAACCUCCGUCACCUGCGCGGCUGUGAAAAAGACCUGUCCGGGCGGCAUCACCAGCGCUCUCCCUCCAACCACUACCAUCCCAACUACUACUCCUCGCACCACCACCGCACUUCCUACACGAGCCAGCGCAAAGGCUACUGGGACUAUGAGAACCAGUACCGCGAUGGGAAACGCAAAACUUGGGUGCCUCAUAUGCAGCGUCCCAGAAACCGUGAGGCCUACAACUCCACAGAGGGCUCCUGCGUAGACGCUAGGCCAGAGCAGACCUCAGGAGAGAAGGGUAAAACUUACCAAGGAGUCACCCGCCAGUCUUCUCCCCCAGCAGAGAAGGAGCAGACCACGGAUAGCUGGGUGCUCUUUAAGCCGCUGCCGGUGUUUCCCGUGGACAACAGCAGUGCGAGAACCUCACCCAAAAUUAGCUACGCCAGCAAGGUGAAAGAGAACCUGGAUGGCAAAGGACUGGUGCCUAGUUCUGCUGUUAGGACCUCCAAUACGCCUCCGAGCUGCGUGCUAAAUACUACACAGACGGGACUUAAUAGUGAUAGCUCCUCCCCAGCCCCCGCUCAGUCCACAAGCUCCCUCUCCUCUUCCUCCUGUUCCUCUCUCUCUCCACACACUCCUUUCCCCUGUCAACCAAGAGAACCUUGGGGCCAUUUUCCAGAAUGAGUGGGGGCUGUCCUUUAUUAAUGAGCCAGGAGCUGGCCAGGCCCCAGAGGAAGCAAAGCAACCACAGGAAGAGACUGGUGUGGUAUCGGUGUGGAGGGUGGUGGAGGCGGAGAUUUACCCCCGGCAUCCAUUUUGAUGCGUCUGUCAACUGGAUUUUUCAUAGAGAGCACCGAGCCUGAUGAGGUCCAGAUGGAGAACCCCAAAGACUGGGAGGCUAUGGUGAACUACAGUUUGCAUGAAUGGAACAAAGUCUGGACCCUGCACAAGAAAGAUCCCUCCCGUGUCGUCAUAUAUGCAGAGAGUAUGGACGGAAAGGGUUAG